CUGCCACUGGUAUUGGUAGUCACCAGUAGGAGGACUGGCCACAGAGCAAGUGAGACUGACAGAGUCAGGCUGGCCCAGGUCAGGGCUCUCUGUGGCUCCGGUGGGUGGGGGAGAGGAAAGAGUGAGGGAGGGAGGGGAGAGCCACAAGAGAUGGAAGAUGGAGGAUCUCCUGCACACAGUUGUAUCUCACUGAUGAACAGCCAGUCAGUGCCUUGGUCGAAAUUGAAUGUGAUGAUCAGAUCAUCAGGAUUCUGUGGUAGAGUGAAAAUAUUCCUGGUCAGUGUAUUGGUAGAGGAAGAGAAAGAACAGCUCUGUGGGACGAAAAUAUCCUCAACAAUUGGAUGGGUAUCAGUAGCAAUUCUAGUAGUCUCAGGUGGUCCUAUUUUUGCAGAGGGAAGACUCAAGAAGUAGACUUCAAUGUAGGACACAGUAGAGAUAUCAGUGGCAGUGAAAUAAAUUCCCACAGAGCCAUUGUCUCGAUGCCAGACAAAGAACCUGGUGACCUGGUCUUGAUCACUGACAUCCACUGAGUCUGUAGGUCCAAUGUCUCCAUCACUCAACACUCCUCUCCUGCCUCACACUCAAAGAA